AGCCGGAACGGCCUGACCUCGGCGCUGCCCGAGUCCGGCCCGAAAGAAGGACAAAAGAGCGUCUGUGUUAAGGACGGGAUGGAUCUCCUCUGCGGGAAGGUCAUCGAUGAGAGCUGGCCCCGUGCGCUCAGGGCUGUGUUUGAGGGGUAGCUCGGGGCUGAGAGAUUCGCCAAAUGCUUUACCUCCGCUACGAUCAUCCUGCUUGGGGCGACUCGGUGUUUGCCGUGGCUCUUACCAGACCUUGGCAGCUACAGCAGCAGUCUGGGCGACGGGCAGGCGUUUUCGGGGCUUUGCUGGAACUGCAGUUUAGCCGGCUUGUCUUCCGGUGAGGAGCACUGAUCCCAGUUCUGGCAUCUCGCUUUUCAGUAGCAUUGGGGGAAAAAACAGCACGUGGGGAAAGGAAGCGACUUGCCCAACGUCACCCUGAAGGCCACUAGUGAGAAGUCCCAUCCCAGACCUUCAGUCACUAAAUACCACUGACGUGGAGUUUAUUUCUCCUUGGCAUCAAGAGAUGCGCGUGUAGAGGCAGUUCCCGGCGGUGCUGGGGACGCCUGAGCUGGGCCUGCGGUGCGGCAGGCAUCUUGGUGGAAGUGUGGAGGGGAAACUUGGAUCUCCUGCCACUAAAAGGCAGCAGCAAGCAUCCAGGCUGAUUUCAGAGUUUAGCGUUUUCCUUAGAAAUGCCACCAAAAAUGGUAGGACGGCCUGGCUCUUCCCCCGCGAUCACUGCCUUGUUCCCCAGCGCAUCCCGUAACAGCGCUCGGCGGUGAGCUGUGCUCCCGAAGUGCCAUGCCCGGAGAAGGCAGGUAUCUAAUUAGAGCAAAGGCUGGGGUGUUUUGUCUGCCCCAAACGUUUCGUUUUUCAAGCCGGCCGGAUUUCAUAUCUGGCCCUGGCUGCGGGCGCUCCGGAGGCGCCCGUAUCGCAGGGAAGCCGCAAUCCAGCCGCUUGCCUGAAACCCGACGGCUCAUCCCAGGCUCUGCAGAACAACACGGACAGACGUUCCUGCAGCGUCAGCCGUGCAACGCCGAGAGCCGCGAUCCCAGGUUGUCCAGCUCAGGAGCAGCUGGAACCAUCCCCAGUGGAGCGACAGAUGUCAAAAGUGCUUGCACGAGAAAAAAGCGAGGUCUGGGAGGUGGGAAAGCAAGUGAAGCGCCUGCAAAGAGCUCCUCUGUAGGCAAAUUCACACGAGACCUGGGUGGUUAAAGCUGUUUCAGACCUCGCGCUGUUCAUCUCUCGAAGGACUCGGAGCUAAAAUGAACCAGAACGAUUUUUCUCCAAGUGAUAGGUCAGGUUUUUUAUGUAUGUAACCAAACUUUAAUUCACGAGCGGUGACUACAUGCAAGGCAUUUUGGGACCCUCAGAUGAAAAGCACUGAAGAGACUUAAGAGGAGAAAGAUGGCUCUGAACGCCUGCGUUUGACCUAAUCUGGCCGCGCUCAGAAAGUUGAGCUCUGUUCCGAUAGCCUUUGCUGUUUUGCAAAGCGCAAAAACAUUAGGCCCAGGAAAGCUUUCUGAGGAGCGACAUUAGGUGCCGUAUCCCCGGCGUCUCUUGCAGCGGCCCGUAGCUGCUGCUGCUCACUGGGGCUUUAUCCAGUUCAGCGCUCUUUCGCUGUGCUUGUGCGAUGCUAUCGUCAUGCAGCCUUUCUCAGCACCUCUUUAGAAUAUAAUUGGAGGAAAAAAGAAUGAAACAGGAAAGAGUAAUUGCAAAUUUUUUUCUACUUCUCUUGAUUUGGAUCUAGAAAUCCAGGUGGCUAAUUUUACUUCCAGGCUGGGCGUAGCCUUAUUUGGUUUCAAAUAAUGUCUGCAAAUAAACAUCAUUUCUGAGGGAUACUUUUACGAAGAAGUAAAUACUGUCUGUUUGGACGGUUCCAUAAAAAGUCGUUUCUACAAUGUUUCAACGUGGGGUUUAAUUUGGAGUGACUGCUUCCUUUUGAACAUUGCAGUAUCCUUGAACUGCAGUUGGGUUUUAUUAAUUUAGCAGUUUCUGGAACUGUUUGUGGCCAAAAUAGUUUGAUGCUGGGUUUGAAAAAGGAGACAAAUUCAAAACAAAUCAUCUGCAGAUGAAAAUAUGCUUCUGUUGUGAGGAUAAUGACCAAAAAAAAUCAUUGAAAUCCUCUUAGCCCCAACCAAGCCGAGGUACCAGUUUCUCCAGAACAGCGGCUCCAAGUUAAAAUGUCCUGGGUCCCCCUAUAUUAUUCCUCCUGCUAAAUGUCCGCCCGAGUUUCCAGCAGCGUUGAGCUGUGAGCAUGGUUUUUGGAGGAGCUUUUGCUCUCACUCCGGCUUUAUCACUACGGACCACAAGAGGUCGGCAAAAUUCAGGAGAAGUGAGUGUGCUGCCUCUGCGCCAGGGUGCCCGCCUGGCACAUCUCCUUCCCUGAAGCUGCCCGUGCCGUGGUUUUCAUGCCAGAAUAAUUACUCCAUUGAAAAAAAAAAGAAAACCCACACUAAUUAUACUGGAACAAAACCAGGACAGUUCUGGAGCAGGGCAUCUGCUGCAGGGGUUUAUUCCAGAGCAACCCUGCAUUAUUCAUUUCUCGUGCAGCCAACGCCGGGCGUUCGGAGGAGUUAAGAGGGAUCAGAAGCAUUAAACGGUCUCUGCCCACUCACCCCGCUCUCUAUAACUUUAAUUCUUCAGUUCCUGGUACGAAAGGUCACGAGCUUGGGAGUCGCGGACUUAAAAAGGCAGCGUGUCCCCUCCGUGGGAGCGGCGCCUUAGGAACUGGGCUGGCGGUUGUGAUUUAUUUAUUUAUUUUUGGAUGCAGUACCCUAAGGUGGUGGCAGGGGAAACAAAGUGAUUAACCAAAAUUACCCUUGUGGUUUACAGUGAUGAGACCAGCACAGAGAGAGCCUUAAGCAGUAACUUCAGGAAAGCGGUGUGUGGCGAGUGAUGUUAAAAUGAAAAGGUGCUGUGAGGGUGUUGGGCUGCCAUGCCUGUUUAAGGGCGUUGGUAUGGCCAGCCGUCGGCCUCCAAAAUACCUCCUCAUCUUCGACUUCGACGAGACCAUUAUCAAUGAGAACAGCGACGACUCCAUCAUCAGGGCCGCGCCAGGGCAAGAGCUUCCAGAACACAUCCGCCAAACCUUCCGCGACGGCUUCUACAACGAAUACAUGCAGCGCGUCUUGGCGUACAUGGGGGACCAGGGAGUUAAGAUGGGGGACUUCAAGACCGUUUAUGAGAACAUCCCCCUGUCCCCUGGCAUGCCAGAGCUCUUCCAGUUCCUCUCCAAGAACCACGAGAUGUUUGAGAUCAUCCUCAUCUCCGAUGCCAACAUGUUUGGCAUCGAAUGCACUCUGAGGGCAGCUGGUGUCUACUCCCUCUUCCGCAAAAUCUUCAGCAACCCAUCUGGCUUUGACAAGAGGGGUUACUUUACCUUGGGGCCCUAUCACAGUCACAAGUGCCUUGACUGCCCGGCCAACAUGUGCAAACGCAAAAUCCUAACGGAGUACCUAGCUGAGAGAGCCCAGGAGGAAGUGGAGUUCGAAAGGGUCUUUUACAUCGGUGACGGUGCCAAUGACUUCUGCCCUUCUGUGACUUUGACUUCAAGUGAUGUUGCUUUCCCACGGAAGGGCUACCCCAUGCACCAGAUGGCCCAAGAGAUGGAGAAGAAGCAACCCGGAGCCUUCCAGGCCACUGUUGUAGCCUGGGAUUCGGCCACAGAAGUCGCCCACUAUCUCCAGGAAGUCCUCAAGAAAAAAUGUUGAGGAUGGCUGAAAAAGGGACUUGCUUAGUAUAAGCAGCUGGGAAAGGAGAAGUUCAGGGGUAGGUCCCCUACCCCGCAUUCAUCUGGCACUGCUUCUCGCUCGGACUCCGAUUCCUGGGUUACUUCCCUUACGUUCUUCCCCUUUCUCUCAGCCAGCCUCCCUUUUUCCCAGUUACUCUGAAGCACUUUCUCUAGGUUCCACUUGUCCUUCCCCUUGACAAUGAGAUGAAAUCUCUAUGCAGCUAGGACAUCUACUCAAGCGUGGGUGCUUGGCAACACUAUUUUUCCCCCCCCCUUUAGACUUUGUGAGAGCAAUUCUUAAAACCGGAACCCAGCUGUCCUGCAGGUUGGGCCUCGCACACGCUUCCUUUUGCCUUGACCUCAGCACCUCGUAUCUCCUCCAUUGCUUACUCCUCCCUUAGCUCCUUUAUGGCCUCUCUCCUCCCUCUGAUCCCUACAGGCCCAGCCAGGAUCUGCUUACUGUUGCCUUGAACCUGAUUCUCCAAGAGCUCCUUGCCUCUUCAAGAGGCCACUGGAAACUUAAUCCCGAAAGCUUCUGCUGAUGUUGGCUCCCUGGCUUGCACGUCGCACCCCGCGUCGGGAGGGCGCCACCCAGCGUUUCACCCUUCGUUGGGUGAGCUUCACGGGAGGACGAUGAUGUGAGCUCUGCGCUUGAUUCAGGCCGGGGGCGUAGGAGGAUGCAACGGAUUUAAUUAUCUCUUAAGACUUUGUUCUCUGAAAAAUGUGAAGGGAAUAACAGGAAACCUUUCGGAAAGGUGGUUCCCGUGUCGCCCUUGGAAAACCUCCUGUAGGUCCCGUUCCCCUCCGCCCCUUGCCAAGGCCACGGUCAUGUUUAACGUGUCCCAGCAUGGAUGCGCUUCACUGAGGAGGACACAACCUACUUUUGGCUUCCACGUUGACCUGCUGGUUUCGCUUCCAGGGCAAAACUUCUCCCACGUCCCCGAAGCAGAGAGCUUCGUCCCUCUCCUUGCGCCGUUUGCAGCACCGGCUCCGAGCGGGGCCGCCACUUCCAGAGCUGCAGCGCCGCGUUUCCCGCUCGGGCACCGCGCGUUUGGCCGUGUCGUGUCCCGACCUCCCCGUUACCCCCGGGAGGGACAGGGUUUACCUCCUGGCCUGGUCCAGAGGUGCCGAAACUCCCAGCAGCUGGAGCGGGAGGUGUGGUGCUUAGCGCUUCUCCUGGCAGCGGGUCGCUGGAGGGUGAGACCCUCUCAGCCCUGCGCCCCUUCCCUGGGCCUUUGCAGUAUUAAUUGCCCCUUUUAAUUGCACUCCACCGGGCCGGGGAGGGGAGUAGCUACAGGAUUUGCUGCUCUCUUGUGUUGGCUUUUCCCGGAUUUAUCCACAGCCUUAAGUGCCCCCGAGGGCGGCUCGAGACGACUCCAAAGCGUAGAAACCCCGACAGCCAAGCUGAGCAGUAGGACAAUAACCAAAGCAGCCCUGAGUUUUUCCUCCUUUAUUUCCUUCCCCCCCCCCUUUUUUUUUUUCCCCUUCCUCCUCUGGCCCCUGUUCAACUGUGUGGAAGUUAAAGCCAUGGAAUUAAAACAAAAAAAAAUACGUCUAUAUGUAUAUCGAGAGAGAGAGCAGCUGCACGAGUUGUUUGUCGCCAGGGCACGGAGGUGGGUGCGAAGGGGCUGCAAGGGGCUCCCCUUGCUUCGGCGGGAGGCCCGGCGCUCAGCGCCCCGGGGAAGGGCGCUCAGCAGAAGGGCUCCACGUAGUUGCCGGGGAAGAAGCCCGCAGCU